AUGGACAUUGGAAAGUCUUACUUUGUUUUCCUCUUCUCAACCCCUUUUCCAGAAAAGUACGGUGUAGUGCCCAGGGCCGAUGACCGAGAUAAAAUUCGCAGGAUUCUGCAAGAGAAGGGGGUGAAGUGGAAUAACGACAAGUACCCACCUGCUCCUCUGCAGACGAAGGCCAAAGUUGGGACGCCUGGGGUGUUGGAGUCCCUCUCCAUUUCCCUUACGGGGUCUCUCCUUCAUCUCCCGCUUCUGAAGAGAAAAAUUGGGGAUGGAGACAUCUAUUCCCUUAUCCAAUCAGGAGCGAAGGUUCUGAAGAGGCCUAUUGUCCUCAUUGCGGAAAAAUCCCAGAAUUCGAGGACGUUCCUUCCUCAAGAAGAAGAAAAGGUUAAGGAAAAUGAAGAAUGGCGAGGCAUUCUCCUUUAUGCAAGUGGACAGGAAGACUCUCUCAAUAUCAUCCCAAUUGUUCGUUACGGCGAUGACUCAACUACAAAUGUAUGGAUGGAGGUAGAGAACCUGCCCCAGCUAUACGGUAACCGAAUGGGGAGCAGCCCCAUACCCCCUUCCCAGCGAAGAAUCUACUUCGAAGGUGGUGUACGGGUGAAGUGGAGGGAACACACCUUGCCUCUUCUCUGGGCCCUCGAUAGACACUUGGCUGGAUUACCGCCUCUAAUGCCAGGUUAG